AUGCCAGGCCUCAGUCAGGAAUCUACAGCUUCCCACAGCAGCCCAGGCUCCACAGACACGACACUGUCCCCUGGCAGUACCACAGCAUCAUCCCUUGGUCCAGAAUCUACUACCUUCCACAGCAGCCCAGGCUCCACUGAAACAACACUCUUACCUGACAACACCACGACCUCAGGCCUCCUUGAAGCAUCUACGCCCGUCCACAGCAGCACUGGAUCGCCACACACAACACUGUCCCCUGCCGGCUCUACAACCCGUCAGGGAGAAUCUACCACCUUCCAGAGCUGGCCAAGCUCAAAGGACACUAGGCCUGCACCUCCUACUACCACAUCAGCCUUUGUUGAGCUAUCUACAACCUCCCACAGCAGCCCGAGCUCAACUCCAACAACCCACUUUUCUGCCAGCUCCACAACCUUGGGCCGUAGUGAGGAAUCGACAACAGUCCACAGCAGCCCAGUUGCAACUGCAACAACACCCUCGCCUGCCCGCUCCACAACCUCAGGCCUCGUUGAAGAAUCUACGACCUACCACAGCAGCCCGGGCUCAACUCAAACAACGCACUUCCCUGAAAGCGCCACAACUUCAGGCCGUGGUGAAGAAUCAACAACUUCCCACAGCAGCACAACACACACAAUAUCUUCACCUCCUAGCACCACAUCUGCCCUUGUUGAAGAACCUACAAGCUACCACAGCAGCCCGGGCUCAACUGCAACAACACACUUCCCUGACAGCUCCACAACCUCAGGCCGUAGUGAGGAAUCAACAGCAUCCCACAGCAGCCAAGACGCAACGGGAACAAUAGUCCUACCUGCCCGCUCCACAACCUCAGUUCUUCUUGGAGAAUCUACGACCUCACCCAUCAGUUCAGGCUCAACGGAAACGACAGCGUUACCCGGCAGUACCACAACGCCAGGCCUCAGUGACAAAUCUACCACUUUCCACAGUAGCCCCAGAUCACCAGCCACAACACUCUCACCUGCCAGCACGACAAGCUCAGGCGUCAGUGAAGGAUCCACCACCUCCCACAGCCGACCAGGCUCAACGCACACAACAGCAUUCCCUGACAGCACCACCACGCCAGGCCUCAGUCGGGAUUCUACAACUUCCCACAGCAGCCCAGGCUCAACGGAUACAACACCGUUACCUGCCAGCACCACCACCUCAGGCCCCAGGCAGGAAUCAACAACUUCCCACAGCAGCCCAGGUUCAACUGACACAGCACUGUCCCCUGGCAGUACCACAGCCUUAUCCUUUGGUCAAGAAUCUACAACCUUCCACAGCAGCCCAGGCUCCACUCACACAACACUCUUCCCUGACAGCACCACAAGCUCAGGCAUCGUUGAAGCAUCUACACGCGUCCACAGCAGCACUGGCUCACCACGCACAACACUGUCCCCUGCCAGCUCCACAAGCCCUGGACUUCAGGGAGAAUCUACCGCCUUCCAGACCCACCCAGCCUCAACUCACACAACGCCUUCACCUCCUAGCACCACAACAGCCCCUGUUGAAGAAUCUACAACCUACCACCGCAGCCCAGGCUCGACUCCAACAACACACUUCCCUGCCAGCUCCACAACUUCGGGCCACAGUGAGAAAUCAACAAUAUUCCACAGCAGCCCAGAUGCAAGUGGGACAACACCCUCGCCUGCCCACUCCACAACCUCAGGUCGUGGAGAAUCUACAACCUCUCGCAUCAGUCCAGGCUCAACUGAAAUAACAACGUUACCUGGCAGUACCACAACACCAGGCCUCAGUGAGGCAUCUACCACCUUCUACAGCAGCCCCAGAUCACCAACCACAACACUCUCACCUGCCAGCAUGACAAGCCUAGGCGUCGGUGAAGAAUCCACCACCUCCCGUAGCCAACCAGGUUCUACUCACUCAACAGUGUCACCUGCCAGCACCACCACGCCAGGCCUCAGUGAGGAAUCUACCACCGCCUACAGCAGCAGCCCAGGCUCAACUGAAACCACAGUGUUCCCUCGCAGCACCACAACCUCAGUUCGUGGUGAAGAGCCUACAACCUUCCACCGCCGGCCAGCCUCAACUCACACAACACUGUUCGCUGAGGACAGCACCACCUCGGGCCUCACUGAAGAAUCUACAGCCUUCCCCGGCAGCCCAGUCUCCACCCAAACAGGGUUACCUGCCACACUCACAACCGCAGACCUCGGUGAGGAAUCAACAACCUUUCCCAGCAGCUCAGGCUCAACUGGAACAACACUCUCACCUGCCCGCUCCACCACCUCUGGCCUCGUUGGAGAAUCUACACCCUCACGCCUCAGUCCAAGCUCAACCGAAACAACAACUUUACCCGGCAGUCCCACAACACCAAGCCUCAGUGAGAAAUCAACCACCUUCUACACUAGCCCCAGAUCACCAGAUGCAACACUCUCACCUGCAACCACAACAAGCUCAGGCGUCAGCGAAGAAUCCAGCACAUCCCACAGUCAACCAGGCUCAACGCACACAACAGCGUUCCCUGACAGCACCACCACCUCAGGCCUCAGUCAGGAACCUACGACUUCCCACAGCAGCCAAGGCUCAACAGAGGCAACACUGUCCCCUGGCAGUACCACAGCCUCAUCCCUUGGUCAACAAUCUACCACCUUCCACAGCAGCCCAGGCGCCACUGAAACCACACUCUUACCUGACGACACCAUAACCUCAGGCCCCGUGGAGGCAUCUACACCCACCCACAGCAGCACUGGCUCGCUACACACAACACUGACCCCUGCCAGCUCCACAAGCACUGGCCUUCAGGAAGAAUCUACCACUUUCCAGAGCUGGCCAAGCUCGAGUGACACAACACCUUCACCUCGUGGCACCACAGCAGCCCCUGUUGAAGUAUCCACAACCUACCACAGCCGCCCGAGCUCAACUCCAACAACACACUUUUCUGCCAGUUCCACAACCUUGGGCCGUAGUGAGGAAUCAACAACAGUCCACAGCAGCCCAGGUGCAACUGGAACAACACUCUUCCCUACCCGCUCUGCAACCUCAGUUCUUGUUGGAGAACCUACAACGUCACCCAUCAGUUCAGGCUCAGUGGAAACAACAGCAUUACCUGGCAGUACCACAACAGCAGGCCUGAGUGAGAAAUCUACCACCUUCUACAGUAGCCCCAGAUCACCGGACACAACACUCUCACCUGUCGGCACGACAAGCUCAGGCGUCAGUGAAGAAUCCACCACCUCCCACGGCCAACCAGGCUCAACGCACACAACAGCAUUCCCUGGCGGUACCACCAUGCCAGGCCUCAGUCAGGAAUCUACAGCUUCCCACAGCAGCCCAGGCUCCACAGACACGACACUGUCCCCUGGCAGUACCACAGCAUCAUCCCUUGGUCCAGAAUCUACUACCUUCCACAGCAGCCCAGGCUCCACUGAAACAACACUCUUACCUGACAACACCACGACCUCAGGCCUCCUUGAAGCAUCUACGCCCGUCCACAGCAGCACUGGAUCGCCACACACAACACUGUCCCCUGCCGGCUCUACAACCCGUCAGGGAGAAUCUACCACCUUCCAGAGCUGGCCAAGCUCAAAGGACACUAGGCCUGCACCUCCUACUACCACAUCAGCCUUUGUUGAGCUAUCUACAACCUCCCACAGCAGCCCGAGCUCAACUCCAACAACCCACUUUUCUGCCAGCUCCACAACCUUGGGCCGUAGUGAGGAAUCGACAACAGUCCACAGCAGCCCAGUUGCAACUGCAACAACACCCUCGCCUGCCCGCUCCACAACCUCAGGCCUCGUUGAAGAAUCUACGACCUACCACAGCAGCCCGGGCUCAACUCAAACAACGCACUUCCCUGAAAGCGCCACAACUUCAGGCCGUGGUGAAGAAUCAACAACUUCCCACAGCAGCACAACACACACAAUAUCUUCACCUCCUAGCACCACAUCUGCCCUUGUUGAAGAACCUACAAGCUACCACAGCAGCCCGGGCUCAACUGCAACAACACACUUCCCUGACAGCUCCACAACCUCAGGCCGUAGUGAGGAAUCAACAGCAUCCCACAGCAGCCAAGACGCAACGGGAACAAUAGUCCUACCUGCCCGCUCCACAACCUCAGUUCUUCUUGGAGAAUCUACGACCUCACCCAUCAGUUCAGGCUCAACGGAAACGACAGCGUUACCCGGCAGUACCACAACGCCAGGCCUCAGUGACAAAUCUACCACUUUCCACAGUAGCCCCAGAUCACCAGCCACAACACUCUCACCUGCCAGCACGACAAGCUCAGGCGUCAGUGAAGAAUCCACCACCUCCCACAGCCGACCAGGCUCAACGCACACAACAGCAUUCCCUGACAGCACCACCACGCCAGGCCUCAGUCGGGAUUCUACAACUUCCCACAGCAGCCCAGGCUCAACGGAUACAACACCGUUACCUGCCAGCACCACCACCUCAGGCCCCAGGCAGGAAUCAACAACUUCCCACAGCAGCCCAGGUUCAACUGACACAGCACUGUCCCCUGGCAGUACCACAGCCUUAUCCUUUGGUCAAGAAUCUACAACCUUCCACAGCAGCCCAGGCUCCACUCACACAACACUCUUCCCUGACAGCACCACAAGCUCAGGCAUCGUUGAAGCAUCUACACGCGUCCACAGCAGCACUGGCUCACCACGCACAACACUGUCCCCUGCCAGCUCCACAAGCCCUGGACUUCAGGGAGAAUCUACCGCCUUCCAGACCCACCCAGCCUCAACUCACACAACGCCUUCACCUCCUAGCACCACAACAGCCCCUGUUGAAGAAUCUACAACCUACCACCGCAGCCCAGGCUCGACUCCAACAACACACUUCCCUGCCAGCUCCACAACUUCGGGCCACGGUGAGAAAUCAACAAUAUUCCACAGCAGCCCAGAUGCAAGUGGGACAACACCCUCGCCUGCCCACUCCACAACCUCAGGUCGUGGAGAAUCUACAACCUCUCGCAUCAGUCCAGGCUCAACUGAAAUAACAACGUUACCUGGCAGUACCACAACACCAGGCCUCAGUGAGGCAUCUACCACCUUCUACAGCAGCCCCAGAUCACCAACCACAACACUCUCACCUGCCAGCAUGACAAGCCUAGGCGUCGGUGAAGAAUCCACCACCUCCCGUAGCCAACCAGGUUCUACUCACUCAACAGUGUCACCUGCCAGCACCACCACGCCAGGCCUCAGUGAGGAAUCUACCACCGCCUACAGCAGCAGCCCAGGCUCAACUGAAACCACAGUGUUCCCUCGCAGCACCACAACCUCAGUUCGUGGUGAAGAGCCUACAACCUUCCACCGCCGGCCAGCCUCAACUCACACAACACUGUUCGCUGAGGACAGCACCACCUCGGGCCUCACUGAAGAAUCUACAGCCUUCCCCGGCAGCCCAGUCUCCACCCAAACAGGGUUACCUGCCACACUCACAACCGCAGACCUCGGUGAGGAAUCAACAACCUUUCCCAGCAGCUCAGGCUCAACUGGAACAACACUCUCACCUGCCCGCUCCACCACCUCUGGCCUCGUUGGAGAAUCUACACCCUCACGCCUCAGUCCAAGCUCAACCGAAACAACAACUUUACCCGGCAGUCCCACAACACCAAGCCUCAGUGAGAAAUCAACCACCUUCUACACUAGCCCCAGAUCACCAGAUGCAACACUCUCACCUGCAACCACAACAAGCUCAGGCGUCAGCGAAGAAUCCAGCACAUCCCACAGUCAACCAGGCUCAACGCACACAACAGCGUUCCCUGACAGCACCACCACCUCAGGCCUCAGUCAGGAACCUACGACUUCCCACAGCAGCCAAGGCUCAACAGAGGCAACACUGUCCCCUGGCAGUACCACAGCCUCAUCCCUUGGUCAACAAUCUACCACCUUCCACAGCAGCCCAGGCGCCACUGAAACCACACUCUUACCUGACGACACCAUAACCUCAGGCCCCGUGGAGGCAUCUACACCCACCCACAGCAGCACUGGCUCGCUACACACAACACUGACCCCUGCCAGCUCCACAAGCACUGGCCUUCAGGAAGAAUCUACCACUUUCCAGAGCUGGCCAAGCUCGAGUGACACAACACCUUCACCUCGCGGCACCACAGCAGCCCCUGUUGAAGUAUCCACAACCUACCACAGCCGCCCGAGCUCAACUCCAACAACACACUUUUCUGCCAGUUCCACAACCUUGGGCCGUAGUGAGGAAUCAACAACAGUCCACAGCAGCCCAGGUGCAACUGGAACAACACUCUUCCCUACCCGCUCUGCAACCUCAGUUCUUGUUGGAGAACCUACAACGUCACCCAUCAGUUCAGGCUCAGUGGAAACAACAGCAUUACCUGGCAGUACCACAACAGCAGGCCUGAGUGAGAAAUCUACCACCUUCUACAGUAGCCCCAGAUCACCGGACACAACACUCUCACCUGUCGGCACGACAAGCUCAGGCGUCAGUGAAGAAUCCACCACCUCCCACGGCCAACCAGGCUCAACGCACACAACAGCAUUCCCUGGCGGUACCACCAUGCCAGGCCUCAGUCAGGAAUCUACAGCUUCCCACAGCAGCCCAGGCUCCACAGACACGACACUGUCCCCUGGCAGUACCACAGCAUCAUCCCUUGGUCCAGAAUCUACUACCUUCCACAGCAGCCCAGGCUCCACUGAAACAACACUCUUACCUGACAACACCACGACCUCAGGCCUCCUUGAAGCAUCUACGCCCGUCCACAGCAGCACUGGAUCGCCACACACAACACUGUCCCCUGCCGGCUCUACAACCCGUCAGGGAGAAUCUACCACCUUCCAGAGCUGGCCAAGCUCAAAGGACACUAGGCCUGCACCUCCUACUACCACAUCAGCCUUUGUUGAGCUAUCUACAACCUCCCACAGCAGCCCGAGCUCAACUCCAACAACCCACUUUUCUGCCAGCUCCACAACCUUGGGCCGUAGUGAGGAAUCGACAACAGUCCACAGCAGCCCAGUUGCAACUGCAACAACACCCUCGCCUGCCCGCUCCACAACCUCAGGCCUCGUUGAAGAAUCUACGACCUACCACAGCAGCCCGGGCUCAACUCAAACAACGCACUUCCCUGAAAGCGCCACAACUUCAGGCCGUGGUGAAGAAUCAACAACUUCCCACAGCAGCACAACACACACAAUAUCUUCACCUCCUAGCACCACAUCUGCCCUUGUUGAAGAACCUACAAGCUACCACAGCAGCCCGGGCUCAACUGCAACAACACACUUCCCUGACAGCUCCACAACCUCAGGCCGUAGUGAGGAAUCAACAGCAUCCCACAGCAGCCAAGACGCAACGGGAACAAUAGUCCUACCUGCCCGCUCCACAACCUCAGUUCUUCUUGGAGAAUCUACGACCUCACCCAUCAGUUCAGGCUCAACGGAAACGACAGCGUUACCCGGCAGUACCACAACGCCAGGCCUCAGUGACAAAUCUACCACUUUCCACAGUAGCCCCAGAUCACCAGCCACAACACUCUCACCUGCCAGCACGACAAGCUCAGGCGUCAGUGAAGGAUCCACCACCUCCCACAGCCGACCAGGCUCAACGCACACAACAGCAUUCCCUGACAGCACCACCACGCCAGGCCUCAGUCGGGAUUCUACAACUUCCCACAGCAGCCCAGGCUCAACGGAUACAACACCGUUACCUGCCAGCACCACCACCUCAGGCCCCAGGCAGGAAUCAACAACUUCCCACAGCAGCCCAGGUUCAACUGACACAGCACUGUCCCCUGGCAGUACCACAGCCUUAUCCUUUGGUCAAGAAUCUACAACCUUCCACAGCAGCCCAGGCUCCACUCACACAACACUCUUCCCUGACAGCACCACAAGCUCAGGCAUCGUUGAAGCAUCUACACGCGUCCACAGCAGCACUGGCUCACCACGCACAACACUGUCCCCUGCCAGCUCCACAAGCCCUGGACUUCAGGGAGAAUCUACCGCCUUCCAGACCCACCCAGCCUCAACUCACACAACGCCUUCACCUCCUAGCACCACAACAGCCCCUGUUGAAGAAUCUACAACCUACCACCGCAGCCCAGGCUCGACUCCAACAACACACUUCCCUGCCAGCUCCACAACUUCGGGCCACAGUGAGAAAUCAACAAUAUUCCACAGCAGCCCAGAUGCAAGUGGGACAACACCCUCGCCUGCCCACUCCACAACCUCAGGUCGUGGAGAAUCUACAACCUCUCGCAUCAGUCCAGGCUCAACUGAAAUAACAACGUUACCUGGCAGUACCACAACACCAGGCCUCAGUGAGGCAUCUACCACCUUCUACAGCAGCCCCAGAUCACCAACCACAACACUCUCACCUGCCAGCAUGACAAGCCUAGGCGUCGGUGAAGAAUCCACCACCUCCCGUAGCCAACCAGGUUCUACUCACUCAACAGUGUCACCUGCCAGCACCACCACGCCAGGCCUCAGUGAGGAAUCUACCACCGCCUACAGCAGCAGCCCAGGCUCAACUGAAACCACAGUGUUCCCUCGCAGCACCACAACCUCAGUUCGUGGUGAAGAGCCUACAACCUUCCACCGCCGGCCAGCCUCAACUCACACAACACUGUUCGCUGAGGACAGCACCACCUCGGGCCUCACUGAAGAAUCUACAGCCUUCCCCGGCAGCCCAGUCUCCACCCAAACAGGGUUACCUGCCACACUCACAACCGCAGACCUCGGUGAGGAAUCAACAACCUUUCCCAGCAGCUCAGGCUCAACUGGAACAACACUCUCACCUGCCCGCUCCACCACCUCUGGCCUCGUUGGAGAAUCUACACCCUCACGCCUCAGUCCAAGCUCAACCGAAACAACAACUUUACCCGGCAGUCCCACAACACCAAGCCUCAGUGAGAAAUCAACCACCUUCUACACUAGCCCCAGAUCACCAGAUGCAACACUCUCACCUGCAACCACAACAAGCUCAGGCGUCAGCGAAGAAUCCAGCACAUCCCACAGUCAACCAGGCUCAACGCACACAACAGCGUUCCCUGACAGCACCACCACCUCAGGCCUCAGUCAGGAACCUACGACUUCCCACAGCAGCCAAGGCUCAACAGAGGCAACACUGUCCCCUGGAAGUACCACAGCCUCAUCCCUUGGUCAACAAUCUACCACCUUCCACAGCAGCCCAGGCGCCACUGAAACCACACUCUUACCUGACGACACCAUAACCUCAGGCCCCGUGGAGGCAUCUACACCCACCCACAGCAGCACUGGCUCGCUACACACAACACUGACCCCUGCCAGCUCCACAAGCACUGGCCUUCAGGAAGAAUCUACCACUUUCCAGAGCUGGCCAAGCUCGAGUGACACAACACCUUCACCUCGUGGCACCACAGCAGCCCCUGUUGAACCCCAGAUCACCGGACACAACACUCUCACCUGUCGGCACGACAAGCUCAGGCGUCAGUGA